AUGGUAUACGAGGCCAAUCGCUCCUCCACGACCUCGGGCUCCCCUUCCACCUCGGCAGGCUUUGGCCUCCUCGACGACGUCCCACCUGCGUACGAUUCAAUCUCAGAGUCUGUCUCCGUCACGGGCGGUCCCUCUCGCGGCUCCAACUAUCCCCUCAGCAUCAGCCCCGAUGGAGUUGGUUCGUCGUCGGCUGCGGCGGCUCCCCCAAGCCGCCAGUGGCCAGAGACCAUGGACCUCCUGUUCGCAGGCCCGCCGCAUGCCGAACCCAUGAUCACGCGCGAUGCCAUCGACGCCGGCCCCGAAAUCGAGAUGCGCGUCGUCGGCGGUCGCAACGAGAGCUGGGACCCAAAGCUCAAUGACCUGUCCACUCGCCAACAGACGGUUAUUGAAAACGGCGUGCCCCGCUCCGUUCAAGCUGGUACCACUUACCAGGUCACCGACUUUGACUUUUUUAUCAACCUGGGUCCCGUCUAUGACCACCCAGAGAACAAGGCCAAUGUCGCGCUCUUCGCGACGCGCCCCCAUAUUCCUGCGUACCGCGGUUCCCUGUCCAAGACGUACGGCCGCCCCGCGCCACCUGGUGCCGGCGCUCUCAUCUCUGGCAUGACCGGACGCAAGGCCAACAGCACCGAAGUCUCCAUGUGGGACCGGUGGGGACAGAACCUCUACACCCGCGGACGUGCGCCGUGGACGCCCAUCGAGGGCAACGAAGAACUGUUCGCCGAGGGCAGCGUCGCUCCCGGUCGUAUCGCGCUGGGUACGCGUCCAGGUACCGCCGGCACCGACGAAGAGGCCCUCCUCGGAUCAACCACUCACGGCGAAGACCACCACGAGCGUCUCUUGCGGGCGUGGUGUGAGCAGUACUGCUCCGACCCAGGAUGGCUCAAGAGCUUUACCCUCACCAAGAAUGUAUGGGGCUGGGAUCGUGAGAACCUGCGUACAGCGAUUGAGCGUGCCAUUAUCUCGGCAGGAUACCAGCCCACCGCCAACAUCCGCAUCAUGAUCGAGCUUGAACAGCAACAGGUGGUUAUUCGCCCCGCGAACCGUCUCGUCGAGGCCAUCUACACUCCCAUCGUCUUCUUCUUCCUGGUCAUCACACUCAUCUACCCCAUCAUCUGGAUCUGGCAGCGCUGGAACCGUUACGGCGGUGGGCCAUACUCGGUCGCCACAGCCACAUACGGCAUGAAGGUCUACCCUCCGCUCCCUGCGACGUUCAGGCAGGAGACCAUCGAGAUGGCCCGCGACCGUCUCCCGGCCAUGUUCAAGCUUCACCCAGAGGUGCCCCGUAACCCCCUCCUGCUCCACGGCCCCAAGGGUAUCCACUACCUUCUCGGACGUCGCGAGGGCGAGUGGUUCCGCGAGUGGGAGGAGCGAAUCAGGUUUGCCGUGCGUAUGGGCUACAAGGGCGAGCUGGUCGACACGCGCGUCAACGACGGUAACGAGGAGCCGCCCGAGCUCGAUGGCUACUGA